AUGGCGUCCAAAGCGAAAAGAGCAGAGCCUGCGCAUGGCUACGAGUUUGGCGGCCCGCUCGGUGCUUCUGUCAUCACCUUCGGCCUGCCCUUCCUCUGCUGGCUCUUCACCUUUGCCUGCAACGACAUCUCGGGAUGCCCUGCGCCCUCGCUGUUGAACCCCAAGACCCUGUCCAUCAACCAGCUGAAGACCGAGGUGGGAUGGCCCGAGGAUGGCAUCAUGGGCCUCGCUAGCUGGAAAGCUACCGCAUGGACUGUGGCCUACUACCUCUUCAGCGCCCUCUUGUACCGUAUCUUGCCCGCCAUCGAGACCGAGGGCACCGAGCUUUCGUCCGGUGGGAGGCUCAAGUACAGGUUCAAUGCUUUCUCUACAACCGUGACUACGCUGGUCCUCUGCUUUGCCGGCACCAUCGCCCAAGGCGCCGAGUUCCCAUUGUGGACUUUCAUUGCCGACAACUACCUCCAAAUCCUGACUGCCAAUAUCAUCAUUUCCUAUGCGCUUGCCAUAUUCGUCUACGUCCGCAGCUUCUCUGUCAAGCGACCCAACUCGGACUUGCGUGAGCUCGCUGCUGGUGGUCAUUCCGGUAACCUCAUCUAUGACUUCUACAUGGGACGUGAGCUCAACCCUCGCAUCACUCUGCCUUUCAUCGGGGAGAUAGAUGUCAAAGAGUUCAUGGAACUGCGCCCCGGCAUGCUCGGCUAUAUCAUCCUGAACUGUGCAUUCAUCGCCAAGCAGUACCGCAACUUCGGCUUCGUCACGGAUAGCAUCGUGUUUAUCACCCUCGUGCAGGCCAUUUACGUGCUGGAUGGUCAGUUCAUGGAACCCGCUAUCCUGACUACCAUGGACAUCACCACGGAUGGAUUCGGGUUCAUGCUUGCCUUUGGAGACCUUGUCUGGCUCCCCUUUAUCUACUCCCAGCAGACGCGAUACCUGUCAACCCACCCUGUCAUGAUGGGCUGGUUAGGUACUGCCGCCGUCUCUGCUGUACUAACUGCCGGCUUCUCUGUGUUCCGUCUGAGCAACAGCCAGAAGAACAUAUUCCGGACCAACCCCAAUGACCCGCGUGUCGCUCAUCUCACCUACAUCGAGACCAAGACUGGCUCGCGACUCAUUACAUCGGGCUGGUGGGGUAUCGCUCGACACAUCAACUACCUUGGGGAUUGGUUGCAAUCAUGGCCUUACUCACUCCCGACUGGCUUUGCUGGCUACGCGAUCCUGACGGCAGGUAGCGGCGUGGACGGCUCAGUCAAGAUGCUGGACGGAAGAGAGGUUGUCCAGGGACCCGCCAAGUACUGGGGUAUGAUCUUCACCUACUUCUACGUUCUCUACUUCGCGGUGCUGUUGAUUCACCGCGAUGGCCGAGAUGACGAGAAAUGUGCGAGGAAAUAUGGCGAGGACUGGAAAAAGUACAAGAGCAUUGUCAAGUCCAGGAUCGUGCCUGGCAUCUACUAG